AAAAUAGAAAGUAAGAGUAAGCACAAUAGGCGACCUUAUCUCUUCAAGCGAUCUCUUCCAGGUAACCUACUGCUGUGAUAAGUUUGUAAGUAAUUUAUUAUUGAGAUUUUAUUUUAUUUAGGUUAAUUUUUAUUUACAUCCUGUACCAAAUGCUAAUGAUUUAUUAGUUUAUACCUAUUAUUAUACUAAAAUUUGAUUGUACCUAGUACCUACGUGUGUGUACAUAAUGUAUGACAGAAGGGCACGUGUAUUUCAUUUGGGGGUAUAUAAAAGAAGUAUUCAUAUAAAUAUUUUACUAUACUUACAGCUUCAAUCUUGUUAGGAAAUAUAGUGCUUGGAGUACUUACUUACUUUAUUAAUAAUUCUUAAAUAAAAACAGUGAAAAUGAAGUUACUCCGUACAUCUUUCGCUUUGGUUCUGAUUGGCUGCCUUUUACUUGAAGUUCAGGGUAGACCCACUCUACCAGGACUAGGAGGAUCAGCAGGAGUAGGAGCAGGAGCAAAUGUAGCGCUACAACUAGGAGCAGAGGCAGCAAAUCAGGCAAUAGAAACAACAAAAACCGGAGCAGAAACAGGAGUAAAAACAGGAGCAGAAAUAAAAGCAAAUGUAGGAGCAAAUUUAGGAGCAGUAGUACAAAAAGGAACAGGAGCAGGAGAAACAGGCACCAACACCGUACCUAAUGUCAUGAAUGAAGAUCAUUGUUCAGCAUGUGGAAACUAGAUUUGUAUAACUAUAGAGCGGUGCAAUGAAGAGGCAAAGUUGUUAAUGUGAGAACAAAUCUCUACUAUCGAUUGCCAUCUCAACGCCAUCUAUGAUUUAUUAUGUAAAAGUAAUUACUUUUAAAUACCUAAGUAAAAAAUAAAUGUUUAGCAUCUUGAAUACUUA